CCCGUAGUUCCGCUUCCGGCAGCACCAGAUAAGUCGCGAGAGGAGAGUUAAAACCUGCCGUUUGCAUUUAGGACCACUUCGCAUCUCACAGACCUAGAUGGGUUUUGGAUGUGAUCUCUUUCCAGAGCAGCCAUGUUCUAAAUUAAAAUUCCUCUGCAGAGGACUACAAACCUCAAGGCAAACCUGAACUUCAAGACCCUGCCUCCAAAAAAGGUUCGCGAUGGUCCGUAGUGGGAAAAAUGGUGACCUUCAUCUUAAACAGAUUGCGUACUAUAAACGAACAGGGGAAUAUCAUCCAACUACACUGUCAAGUGAGAGAAGUGGCAUAAGACGAGCAGCAAAGAAAUUUGUCUUCAAAGAAAAAAAGCUGUUUUAUGUUGGAAAAGACAGAAAACAAAAUCGUUUGGUAGUUGUUUCAGAAGAGGAAAAAAAGAAAGUCCUAAGGGAGUGCCAUGAAAACAGCGCUGGUGUUCACCACGGCAUAUCCAGAACUCUCACUCUCGUGGAGUCCAGUUACUAUUGGACCUCUGUGACCAAUGAUGUCAAACAGUGGGUAUAUGCUUGUCAGCAUUGUCAAGUAGCAAAAAACACAGUUAUCGUAGCAGCUCAGCAGCACCUUCCCGUGGUGGGAAGCCCGUGGAGUGUAGUUACUGUUGAUCUGACGGGACCUUUCCAUACAAGCAACAGAAGUCAUGUGUAUGCUAUAAUCAUAACAGACUUGUUCACAAAAUGGGUUGUGAUUUUGCCUUUAUGUGAUGUUUCAGCAUCAGAAAUUUCUAAAGCUAUUAUAAAUAUAUUUUUCUUAUAUGGACCUCCUCAGAAAAUGAUAAUAGACCAAAGAGAUGAAUUCAUUGAACAGAUCAAUGUAGAACUGUAUAGAUUAUUUGGUACAAAACAGAUUGUAAUUUCAAAUGCUUCUGGAAGUGUGAAUCCAUCUGAAAGUACACCUAGCACAAUCAAAACAUUUCUCUCCAAACACUGUGCCGACCACCCAAACAACUGGGAUGAGCAUUUGCCAGCUCUUUCCUUUGCUUUCAAUGUGACUCACUCGGAACCUACUAAAAACACACCAUACUUCCAAAUGUUCAAUCGGAAUCCUUGUGUGUUGGAGUGUCCUGAUGAAGUGGGUGGUGAAAAUACAAGUGUAUUUGCUAGAAUCUUAGCUGCAGUUAGAGAGGCCGAUGCAGUAGUGGAGAACAAGACGCCGUCAGCGAGCCAGAUGGAGAACAACAAUUCGGAAGAACUAAAUAAAACCAAGACUGUUAAAAAGAAGCCAAAGCAGUUAAACCCAUUUCACUUAAAAGUGGGUCAUGAAGUCCUAAGACAGAGGAAGAACUGGUGGAAGGAUGGCCGUUUCCAGUCCGAAUGGGUUGGUCCCUGUGUCAUAGACUACGUUACAGACAGUGGCUGUGCCGUCCUGAGAGACAGCACUGGCACCAGGCUUAAGAGGCCUAUCAAAAUGUCCCACCUUCGGCCUUACGUAAGAGAGUCCAGCGAGCAGGAUAGUCUUUAUCUCUUGCAAGGCUCGAUAGUAGCAGAUCACGACUACAUUGGACUACCUGACCUCCCCGUUGGGGCAUACCAGGCAAAUAUUCUGGUAGAAGAUGCAACUAUUGGGGUAGCUGACAGUGAAUUAUUGUCAUCAAGCAAGGAUCAUGAACUUUUAGAAUAUAGAAAUUCCAAAAUCUCUGUGUUGGUGGAAGAUCCCAAUUCUCUUGAGAAACAGACUUUCAGCCUGCUGGAUUCUUCAAAUCACGUUCUUGAGUACUUAAGUUAGUAAAUACCGAAAGUAAUUUAAAUGCUUGCAUAGAAUGUAUAUAUUCCUAGAUUGUAAGUAUUUUCUCUAUUAAAAUAGGUUGUAUAGAAGAGGUAUCUCGGUACUACAUUAAUAUCUAAAUUCUGAAGGUUUAUUUUACACCUACCUAAAGUUGUGACACAUUUAAAUACAAAUAUAUGUAACAGAAGUAUACAAUGCAUAGAAUUUAGGAAUUCCUCAGAGAGCAGACAAAAUUCAUUUGCUUCUUAGGAAUAAAUUCUAUUAGAGAAGUCUCAGCCCUUUUUCUAAUGUUGGUACUGUAUUUUCUGUUCUAAUAUUUUAAAGGAAUAGGUCCUCCUUUGGAAAAAAUUUAAACCACUUACAGUUAAUAAAUGUUGAAUGAACAAUAA